AUGCCUGUUCGUCUGUCUAUUCUUAUAAGGAUCUUAGGCAUUACCGCUGGUGCGUAUGUUUGGGGGUUUUCUUUAUCGCCAACAGCCCGGAAGUAUUGGACUUCGUCGUACAGAAGGGCACGGUGUGGACCUGGACUUGGACUCCAAUGGUCUCCUUUGCAGGCCAUGUCCAACGAAGACUCCUCCCCAUCCCUUUCCAAUAACCAAACGAGUCUUACGGAAGAAGACCUGCCGGCGGAUCUUGUUGUGACUUUGCAGCAAGCCUCCAACGAAACUCGCGACCUCGUCCGCGAAACCCUGCGGCAACUCGCUCAGCUUAGUUUGAAGGACUACGAAUGGCGCGCGGGUGUCUUUUUAUCCAACCAGGCCGAUCGGCUUGUGGAGGAAUCCAUCGCACGUAUGCGGGGGGAUACACCUACGUACGUUCGUCCCAUGGACGCCACCGAAAGUGCCCUCGGUCCUUUGGGGCGCUGGGAAAAAACGUCCGUAGAAUGGUUGUCCCGCGUCUUUGACGAAGAAGGACGUCGGGCACAACAAAUUGUCAACAGUAACGGGGAACUUGUUCGCCCAAUACAGUUGGUGCAAGGCGCGAACCUGACGGAUGUUGAACUCGGUCCUCUCGGAUAUUUAGAAAAGACGGUGGUAGACUUUCUACAAUCCAUUCGUGAUUCGGAAACCGCCCGAGUACAAACCCAAACGCUGCGUCCCAAGGAUUUGGAAGAAGCUGUGCGGGGUCCAUUAGGACAGCUUGAACUCGCGGCCGUCAACGCCUUGCGAGAGAUUCGGGAGUCCGAGCGCCUCCGAAUGCAGCAAACUGCGGUUCGGGGCGGCGACGUGGUCCGUCCCAUGGACGUGCCCGGACCACUCGGGGAGUUUGAGCGACAAGUGGCAGAAAUCGUUCGUGGGGAACAGCGCCGAGCCAAUGAACGGAAAGAUCGCAUCGUUCGACCGAAAGAUGCUUCACGACGGGGACCGCUUGGCGAGGUGGAAUUGCAGGCAACCCAAGUGCUUGACGCCUUGUCCAAGGAAGAAACAACGCGUUUUCGGAAUAUCCAAAAAUGGCUGUCGGAAAAGCGUCCGAUGGAGAGUAAUCGGGAGUCCAUUUGGGGUUUUUUGGAAGCGCUUGUUGUGGGUAUCCUGAAAGGACCUCAGUUGCUGUGGAACGUCCUUGAGCGUGUCCGUGAAUUGCUCGCCAGUGAGCCGUUGAACGCGACAGACCAACAGAUUCUAGCAGAACAAAAUAACAAGCAAAAGCAGCCGCAGCGAUCUGAUGAAAAAGGUAACUCGGAUGCGAAGGAUUGGCAACGGUGA